CAUACGCAUCCGAGUUCAAUUUUUUUCGUUUUACAGGUUAUAAAUAAGUGGUUUACCCUCCAAGCCAUGUCGAAUAUACCCGGGAACAUUGCAAAUGUUCGUAAACUGUUGGACCACCCUGCUUUUGACAUCCGUAAUGCCAAUAAGGUGUACUCGCUCAUCGGAGGAUUCUGGCUACAAAUUUUUGGGCGAAAUGGUGGUACAGCUCGACAACAUAUAUCCUCAGGUGGCUUCACGGAUGGUAUCAGCCUUCUCUACAUGGAAACGCUAUGAUGAAACCAGGCGAAAUCUUGCUAAGGCUCUACUGGAAAUGAUACUAGCUGCAAACGGGCUGUCCGAAAAUGUGUUUGAGAUUGCAUCCAAGAGUUUAGCUGCUUGAGGUAAUGGAACCAUUGUGAUUUGUGGCAUUUAGAAACUUGUGGUUUUUAUUAUCUGCUUUCUGCAAUAUUAGCUGCAUGAUUCACAAUGACAAAGAAGUAUAG